AUGCUAUGGCUCAGGAGAGCUGUUACUACGCUGGCGUUGGCAGCAGUUCCAGUCUUGUCACUGCAGGCGCAUAGCCACGACGACUCAUUCACGCCUGACAUUGUGUUGAGUGUGACUCGUCAAAACAUCAGUAUCGGUGGCAUGUAUAGGGAGACAACACUGGUCAACAACUCUCUGCCCGGACCAACUCUACGAAUUCCUGAACAGAAGACGAUCUGGAUUCGCGUCUACAACGACAUCGAAAACGACAAUGUAACCAUUCAUUGGCACGGUCUCGCCCAGGCCGCAUACCCCUUUUCUGAUGGUGCGCCCCUUGCCAGUCAAUGGCCUAUUCCACCCAAGCAUUUCUUUGAUUAUGAAUUGAAGGCAGAAAGCGGCACGGCGGGAACGUAUUAUUAUCACUCUCACGUUGGAUUCCAAGCUGGCACUGCCACUGGUGCGCUUAUUGUCGAAGACCCUGCUGGUGCUCCUUACACGACGGAUGGUGAAAGGCUUGUGUUCUUACAGGAAUACUGGAGCCAGUCGGACACACAAAUCAAAAACGGCCUAGAAUCAAUACCAUUGAGAUGGCCCGGCGAACCAAAGGGCUGGCUAAUCAAUGGCAAAUCGAUAUCCAACUAUCGAGCUGUCGACCCCUCCACGAGAGCUUUGAGCGUAAUUGAUGUCGAGCCGGGCAAGACAUACAGAUUCAGAUUCGUAGGAGCCACAGCCCUCAGUCUUGCACUCCUAGGAUUUGAAAAACACGGGAAUUUAGAGAUUAUCGAAGCGGACGGGGAAUAUACCCAACCGUACCCAGUCGACCUGCUACAAAUCGGCUCCGGGCAACGGUACAGUGCACUGUUCCACGCCAAAUCAUGCCAAGACUUGCGGGAAGACGGUCAGCUUGAUUACUACAUACAACUGGAAUCGAGGGAUCGAAACAGAGUGGUGACGAAUUAUGCUGUCCUUAGAUACGAAAACGCGUGCAACAUGACUUCACAGCCCGUCGCCACAAACAAGAACCCAGAAACGCCGCCGCUGAACCUACCGCCAACUAUUGACGGGUAUUUGGACUACGCUCUGCAGCCAUUGGAGCCUAACAACUUCCCGACGGCAGAAGAAGUCACACGACGCGUCAUGCUGAACGUCCAAGUGGUUGAGAAUCGGUACUUCAUCUGGACGAUUAACAACUAUACAUGGUCCGAGGACGCUGACGCUCUGCCGGCAACCGUUCCCCAAACCCCGUACCUAGUAAGCCUGUACCAAAACCAGUCUGCAUAUCUACCCAAUUACGAAGAUGCCGUGGCCAACGGCGGCAUCGACCCCAAGACGGGAACGUAUCCUGCCAAAAUCGGCGAAGUCUUGGAGAUUGUACUCCAGCAAUUCGGCGGCAAGUCCGUAAGCGGCGGAGGCGGAGGCAUGCUAGAUACGCACCCUUGGCACGGCCACGGCAUCCACCAUUACGACGUCGGCGGCGGCAGAGGUGCCUGGGAUCCAGAUACCGUCGAGGAGAAGCUAGAGGGGAAGCAGCCCGUAUUAAGGGACACAACAAUGCUUUACAGGUACGAGAGGUUCGUCAAGAUGGAUGAGAAGAUGGGCUGGCGGGUAUGGAGGAUCCGAGUCGAGCAGCCGGGCGUGUGGAUGGUGCACUGCCAUACAUUGCAGCACAUGAUUCAGGGCAUGCAAACAGUCUGGGUGAAUGGCGAUGCGGAGGAUAUUUUAAAGGUCGGCAAGCCCGAUGUAGAGGGGUACUUGUUGUACGGUGGCAAUGUAUACGGCAACGAGAGUCAUACGCCGCAGGUGGUGCAUUUCGAUGAGAUGGAUUAA